CUCCCCAUUCCCAUUCCUUUGCUUGGUCCCCUUGACAGCUUGUGCUUUCUUCCCUAGACCUUCGGGGACCCCUCCUGCUUGCUGUGAAUCCCCACCAGCCUGUGCCUCUCUUCUUACCGGAGGUCUUGGCCAGCUACCAUCCCAAGAAGACCCCAACCCCUCCCCACACAUCUAUGCCAUCAUGGCAGCAGCCUAUGGCCUGUCUCAGGGCGCUGGGCAGGACCCCUGUAUCCUCCUGGCUGGGCACAGUGGCUCGGGGAAAACCGAAGCUGCCAGGAAGAUGGUGCAGUUCCUCAGCAGCCUGGAACAGAAGCAGACGGGGGGCAGAGGGUGCCAGCUGGACAGCGUGCUGCGGGUGCUCAGCAGCUUUGCCCACGCCAAGACCAUCCUGAACGCCAAUGCCAGCCGCUUCGGCCAGGUCUUCGGCUUCCACCUGCAGCAGGAGGCCGUCGUGGGAGCCUCGGUGUCACAGUAUCUGCUCGAGACCUCCAGAGUGGUGUUCCAAGUAAGAGGCAUCCUCUUGAUGGCGGCCCCGGGUCCUGGAGUGGGAAGGACGGAGUGGGGGGAGGGGACCACUUCUGUCCCUGAGCCAAUGCCUCGUCCCAAGGCCCAGGCGGAGCGGAGCUUCCAUGUGUUCUAUGAGAUGCUGGCGGGGUUGGGCCCCACGGAGCACGAGCAGCUCUCCCUGCAGGGACCAGAGACCUACCACUACCUUAACCAGGGCCGAGCCUGCAGGCUCCAGGGCAAGGAGGAAGCGCAGGACUUCGCAGAGCUGGCGAAGGCUCUGCAGGCACUGGGCUUGUGCCCCGAGGAGCUGACCACAGUGUGGACUGUGCUGGCCACCGUCCUACAUCUGGGCAACAUCUGCUUCUCGUCUUCAGAGAGGGAGUUCCAGGAAGUGGCCGCCGUGUCCAGCUGGGCGGAGAUCCACACAGCAGCCCGCUUGCUGCAGGUGCCGCCGGAACGUCUGGAGGGAGCCGUGACCACGAGGGUCAUGGAAACACCCUACGGCCGGGUCUUGAGAUCUCUGCCGGUGGAAAGCGCCAUCGAUGCCAGGAACGCCCUGGCCAAAGCCCUGUACUCGCGGCUCUUCAACUGGCUUCUGGGGAGGAUCAACGCGCGGCUGGCUCCACCCGCGGAGGGCGGCAGCGUGGGCAGCCUCACUGUCGUGGACGCCUAUGGCUUUGAGGCGCUGCGUGUGAACGGCUUGGAGCAGCUGUGCAGCAACCUGGCCAGCGAGCGGCUGCAGCUCUUCUCCCGCCGGAAGCUGCGGGCCCAGGAGGAGGAGGAGUGCGGGCGAGAGCUGCUGCCCUGGGCGCCCCUGGCCCAGCCUCUGAGGGAGCCCUGCCUGCGCCUCCUGCUGGACAGACCCCACGGCCUCCUGACUCUCCUGGACGCCCAGACGUGGCUGCCCCAGGCCACAGACCACACGUUCCUCCAGAAGUGCCACUACCACCACGGCGACCACCCCUGCUACGCCAAGCCCCAGCUGCCCCUGCCCAUCUUCACUGUGCGCCAUGACGCCGGGCCUGUCACCUACCAGGUUCACAAAUUUUUACAUAAGAACCGGGACCACCUGGACCCCGCUGCGGUGGAGAUGCUUUGCCAGAGCCAGCUGCAGCUCGUGGGCAGCCUGUUCCGGGAUGCAGAGCCCCAGGCACUGGGAAGGCCGGGAAAAGCCACUCUGGCUUCCCGCUUCCAGCAGGCUCUGGAGGACCUCCUGUCGCAGCUGGGCAGGAACCGCAUCUACGUCAUCCAGUGCCUGAACCCUAACCCCGGAAAGCUCCCAGGCCUCUUCGACGUGGGACACGUGGCAGAGCAGCUGCACCAGGCUGGCAUCCUGGAGGCCGUAGGCGCCCGCAGUGCCCACUUCCCCGUGCGAGUGCCCUUCCAGGCCUUCCUGGUCAGGUUCCGGGCCCUGGGGACACAGGGGCAGGAAGACGUCUGUGACCGCGAAAGGUGUGGCACCAUCCUCGCGCGGGUGCUGGGAGCACAGUCGCCCCUCUCUCACCUGGGAGCCACCCAGGUCCUGCUGCAGGAGCAGGGCUGGCAGCAGCUGGAGAGGCUCCGGGCCCAGCGCCGCGCCCAGGCCCUGCUCGCGCUGCACCGCGGCCUCCGGGUCUGCAUCUCCCGCCAGCGCCUCCGCCUCCUGCCCCGCAUGCAGGCCCGAGUGCGCGGGCUCCAGGCCAGGAAGCGGUACCUCCGGCGCCGGGCAGCUCUGGGACAGCUGAGCACCGUCCUCCUGGUGGCCCGGCCCCUGCUCCACAGACGGCAGAAACUGCAGCUCGGGCACUGGCGUGGCCAGCACCGCGGAGGCGCCUGGGAGAAGGGGCCAGACAUGGAUCUGGGGCGCUUGGAGAUCCCGGCGGAGCUGGCCGCCAUGCUGAGGGCGGCAGAAGGCCACCAGGAUGUGCUGGCUGAAAUGAUCAAGGAGUCCAUGCCCCCCGAGGUUCCGGCCCGGCCCAGCCUGACUCUCCCAGCAGACAUCAACCAGUUCCCCUUCUCCAGCUUCGUCUCCACCGGCUUCCAGGAGCCGUGUCUGCCCAGCCCAGGGCAGCCGCUGACCAGGCCCCUGACCCGGCUGGAGGGGGAGGCCCCUCAGCCUGCUCUGGAGAUCAACAAGGUGAUGCUGCGGCUCCUGGGGGACGGGGCCCUGCAGCCCUGGCAGGAGCACACGAUGGGCGUGUACCUGCUGCGGCAGGGGCUGCGCCGGCCGGGGCUCCGGGACGAGCUCUUCAGCCAGCUGGUGGCCCAACUCUGGCGUAACCCGGAUGAGCAGCAGAGCCAGCGGGGCUGGGCGCUCAUGGCGGUCCUGCUGAGCGCCUUUCCCCCCACGCCCGCGCUGCAGAAGCCGCUGCUCAAGUUUGUGUCCGAUCAGGCCCCCAAGGGCAUGGCAGCCCUGUGCCAACACAAACUCCUGGGAGCCCUGGAGCAGACGCCGCUGGCGCCCGGGGCUGCCCGGGCUCACCCCCCCACCCAGCUCGAGUGGAAGGCCGGCUGGCGGCGGGGCCGCAUGGCGCUGGACGUCUUCACCUUCCAUGAAGAGUGCUUCUCGGCAGAGGUGGAGUCCUGGACCACGGGAGAGCAGUUUGCUGGGUGGAUCCUGCAGAGCAGAGGCCUGGAGGCGCCCCCGCGUGGCUGGUCCGUGUCACUGCAUGCUGAGGACGCUUGGCAGGACUUGGCUGGCUGCGACUUUGUGCUGGACCUAAUCGGCCAGAUGGAGGACUCGGGGGACCCGGCCGGACCCCCCAGCUACCCCAUCACUCCUCUGGACUUAGCGGAGGAGAUUCCCCCGGCCCCCGGCAUCCAGGCCCCCACGCUGCCCCCGGGGCUCCCGCCAGUCCCCGCCCCAACCCUGCCGGGCAGAAAUCACCCAGGGGAGGCCCGGACCUCUGGGAGCCUGGAUGGCUUCCUGGACAACCUCUUUGAGCCCGUCCUCACCCCCGGCCUCAGUGAUCUGGAACAAGGCUGGGCUCUGAGCAGCCGCAUGAAGGGAGGGGGCUCCGUGGGACCCUCGCAGCAGGGCUACCCCAUGGUAUACCCAGGGAUGAUGCAGAUGCCCGGGUACCAGCCGGCCAUGGUGCCCGCGCCAAUGCCUAUGAUGCCAGCAAUGGGUCCAGUCCCUGCCAUCCCAGCCAUGAUGGUGCCGCCGCCGCCGCCGCCGCAGCCCCUGCUUCCCGGCCUGGACAGCCGGCAGCUGGCCGUCCAGCAACAGAACUUUAUCAACCAGCAGGCGCUGAUCCUGGCCCAGCAGAUGACCACCCAGGCCAUGAGCCUGUCUCUGGAGCAGCAGAGCCAGCAGCGCCAGCGCCAAGUGCAGGCCUCCAGAGCUGCCUCCCAGACGCCCCCCCCGGCCGCUCCCCCCAAGCACAAGAAGCCCCCCGCCCCUCGCGAGGAGACAGAGAGCCACCCAGAGCCCGCGGGUGCCUGCUUGAGGGAGGACUUCUCAGAGGAAGCCGAACACAGGCCUGGCCACCCCAAGAGCUUCCAGCAGAAACGAGACUACUUCCAGAAGAUGGGACAACAACAGGUCAAGGUGAAGCUGGUGAAAUCUCCGCCCAAAGUCCAGAUCCCCCAGGGGGGAGAGACAGAGGAGGAGGAGGAGGAGGAGGAGGAAGAGGAGCAAGAGGAACGGAGAUCAGCGCCCUCCCCUCCUCCUCCCUCAGUUGUGAAGAAGCCCUUGAGACAAAGUGCGGAUAAAGCUGCCAAAGAGGCCAAGGCGGAGCCAGCCAAGGAUGCUGCCAAAGAGGCCAAGGCGGAGCCAGCCGAGGAGGCCGCGGCAGCCCCGGCCAGGGAGCCCAGGCCCCGCAGCGCCCAGCGCCCAGAACCCAGCAAGGAGAUCCGCAACAUCAUCCGCAUGUACCAGAGCCGCCCGGGCCCCGUCCCUGUGCCCGUGCAGCCCACCAGGCCUCCCAAAACUUUCCUGAAGAGGAACGACCCGAAGGACGAGGCCCUGGCCAAGCUGGGGAUACACGGAGCCCAGUCCCCGCCAUGGAUGCCGUCCCCCAACCUAGAGAAGGGUCCCCCACCCGCGGUGGCUCCAAAGCCCAAGGCCCAGCCUCGCCUCGGGCCCUCCACCUCCAUCAAGGAAAAGCAGGGGCCUCUUCAGAAUCUGUUUGGCCCCAACUCACCCACAGCCCAGACACCGCCCCCUCCGCCGGCACCCCCACUGCCUCCGCCUGAGGAGCCCGGGACCUCUUCAGCGGAGCCUCGUGCCUUGCAGGAGCCCAUGGAGGACCGAGGGGUCUCCACCCAGCUGCUGACGCCCUCCGGCAGCGUGUGCUUCUCCUACGCCAGCGCGCGCUGGAAGCUGUUCCUGCGCAAGGAGGUGUUCUAUCCCCGGGAGAACUUCAGCCAUCCCUACUGCCUCCAGCUUCUCUGUGAGCAGAUCCUGCGAGACACCUUUGCCGAGUCCUGCAUCCGAAUCUCUCCAGAGGAGCGCCACAGAAUGAAGGACCUGCUGGGAGUCUUGGAGGUGGGCCUGGACUCCCUGGCCUCGGCUGAGGACAGCGUCAAGAAGCGCAUCGUGCUGGCUGCCCGCGACAACUGGGCCAAUUACUUCUCCCGCAUCUUCCCCGUCUCGGGCGAGAGUGGCAGUGACGUCCAGCUGCUGGCUGUGUCCCACCGAGGGCUGAGGCUCCUCAAGGUGCUCCGCGUCCCCAGCUCCCCCGUGCAGCAGCUGAAGACGCUCUGCUCCUACAGCUUUGCCCAGGUGCUGGGCGUGGAGUGCCGGGGCGGCUCCACCCUGGAGCUGGCACUGAAGAGCGAGCAGCUGGCUCUGCACACGCCCCGGGCCAGGGCCGUCAAGAGCAUGGUGGAGCAGUACCUGGGCGAGCUCAGGAAGGGCUCUGGCUACGUCAUCGCUCUGCGCAGCUACAUCACGGACGACCACAGCCUCCUCAGUUUCCACCGUGGGGAUCUCAUCAAGCUGUUGCCCGUCACCACUCUCGAGCCAGGCUGGCAGUUCGGUUCCGUCGGAGGGCGAUCUGGGCUCUUUCCCGCCGACCUGGUGCAGCCGGCCGCUGCUCCCGACCUCUCCUUCUCCCCGGAGCCGAGGGACAGCUGUCAGCGCAAGAGUCAGACACAGCCCCGGGAGCCAGCUCAGUGGGACAGGGCCUCGGAAGUGAGGAAGUCAGGAGAGCGCCCUGCCCAUCCCUGGAGCCAAGCCUACAGUGACGACUCGGAGGCCACCAGCCUGCCUUCCUCUGCGGUCUACGCCCCCCUGUCCGUUGAAUCCCACAACUACACCAUGCAGGAAUUUGCCCGGCACUACUUCCGGAAGCCUCACGCCUUGCCGGAUCAGAUGGGAGGAGGUUCUGAGGGAAUGACUACGGCCAGUCUGGUGCAGUACACCAAGACGCCCAUUCAGGAAUCACUCAUCGAUAUCAGCAAUGAGGACACUAGCAGAAAAGCCGCGGCGGGCUUCCGGGCUUUGAUGCAGUAUAUGGGGGACCAGUCGAAGCCCCGGAGCAAGGGUGAGCUGGAGCUGCUCUAUGAGCUGCUGAAGCUGGGCCGGGAGGAGCAGCUCCGGGAUGAGAUGUACUGCCAGGUCAUCAAACAGGUCACGGGACACCCCCAGCCGGAGCGCUGCGUCCGGGGCUGGGGCUUCCUCAGCCUCCUCGCGGGCUUCUUCCUCCCCUCCCCGACGCUGAUGCCCUACGUGACCAAGUUCCUGCAGGAGGCGGGCCCCAGCCAAGAGCUGGCCCGGAGCAGUCAGGAGCACCUCCAGCACACAGUCAAAUACGGGGGCCGCAAGCAGCUGCCCCCGCCGGGCGAGAUGCAGGCUUUCCUGAAAGGGCAAGCAGUCCGCGUGCUCCUCGUUCACCUGCCCGGCGGCGUGGACUACAGGACAAACAUCCAGACCUUCACGGUGGCGGGAGAAGUACUGGAGGAGCUAUGCGGGCAGAUGGGCAUCACGGACCCUCAGGAAGUGCAGGAGUUUGCCCUCUUCCUCAUCAAAGGGGAAGGUGACCUGGUCCGGCCCCUGCGGCCCCACGAGUACCUCAACAGCGUGGUGGUGGGGCCGGACGCGAGCCUGCACAGCCGGCGGCUGGGCUGGGAGAGCCCGCUGCACUUCGACCACCCCACCUACAUCAGCACCCACUACGGCCAGGUGCUGCGCGACUACCUCCAGGGGAAGCUGCUGGCUGGCGCCCAGGCCGAGGCUCAGCUUGCUCGGCUGGCCGCCCUCCAGCACCUCAGCAGGGCCGGCGCGGGCGCGGGCGCCCCCUCCGAGCAGGACCUGCUGGCCUAUAUACCCAAGCCGCUGCACUGGCAGGUGAACAUGGCGGCCAUCAAGAGCGUGCUGGGCCAGGAGCUGCGGCGGCUGAAGGACUACGGCCCCCAGGAAGCACAGAUCGGCUUCAUCCAGGCCGCAAGGCGGCUGCCCCUCUUUGGCUACACUGUGUACGUGGUGCUUCGAGCGAGCAAGAUGGUCCUCCCUGGCCCGGUCCUCCUGGGGCUCAGCCGCCAACACCUGGUCCUCAUGGACCCCAGCUCCCAGAAACCGUGCUGCUCCGUGGAGCUGAAGGACCUGCAGCGGCUGCACCUGCUGAGCCCGCUGGAGGAGAACGGGCCGCCCGGGCUGGAGCUCAACUACGGCUCGGCGCUCAGCCCCCAGACCAUGUGGGUGGAGCUGCCACAGGCCCGGGAGCUGCAGCACACCAUCAUCUUCCUGAUGGAAACCAGCGCGUCUUCCCCUCAGUGGCCGGGCCCCAACUGAGGGGGCGGCGGGGGCGGGGAGGCCCCUCCCGGGCCCGGUCUGCCUUCUGCCUCGGGUGCUGGCUUCGUCUGCGCUUGCUUCUGCUCUGGAACCGGCUGCCGCGUCACUCAAGCGGAAGCCACAAGGCAGGGGCUGCCGCU